AUGAUGAUAGGAGAAACCAACAGCAACAAUCACGUUGGUACACAAAACGAAGGCGGCGGCUUGAGGUUGAAAAAGGGACCGUGGACGGCGGCCGAGGAUGCAAUUCUGGCAGAGCACGUGAGGACUCAUGGCGAAGGGAAUUGGAAUGCGGUGCGAAAGAAUGCAGGUUUAGCUCGAUGUGGGAAAAGUUGUAGGUUACGAUGGGCUAACCAUUUGAGGCCCAACUUGAAGAAAGGAGCUUUUUCGCCCGAAGAAGAAAGGAUCAUCGUUGAAAUGCAUGCUAUCAUGGGAAAUAAAUGGGCUCGUAUGGCUACUCGGCUUCCAGGGAGAUCAGACAAUGAAAUCAAGAACUUUUGGAACACAAGAGUGAAAAGAAGGCAACGCCAAGGUCUUCCACUUUACCCUCCUGAAAUCCAAGCUUUAUAUUCUUCCCAACACCGUUCACGGUCGCCGGUUACACCAUCAACCAUCGCAUCAACGACCCCUCCUUUCUCGUUACAAAAUCCGAUGAUGAAGCCUCUUCAGAGCUCAAUGCUACAAUCAUCGGCUUCUCACCCUAACCUUAUGGCCGCCAGGUCAUCGCAACAUCAUUUGUACGAUCCAAAUUCAUCCGCAACUCCGCCGCCGUCUCUUCAAAGCCCUUCGAGGCCUCCGCUGCUUCUCAGCCCUUCCCAUUUCUCUCCACUUCAUGCUCCAUCUUCUCUCGACUUCCACUUCCCUAGAACUCCACCUUCCUUGCAACAUCCCCUUCGUCACAAGCGAUUCAAACCCGACGUAAGCCAUGAAAACAACAACAAUGGCGGUUCAAAUUUUAUGUUACCCUUUUCAUUUUUGAUGAAAACCGAUCCUUUCAAUCACAAUUCAUUGAACCCUCAACAGUACUCGAACACAUUUACGUUGGACCAAACAAUACUCGAUCUCGCUUCGUCAUGGACGAUCCUUGAACCCUAUUUCGAUCCAGGACAGUUUAUGUCGACUCCCGGAUUCGAUUUUUCAUUGAAAAACGAGCUCCCUUCAAACCAAUUUUUCUCCCAAGAUGAUAAUAAACUAAAAGUUACACUUGAUCCUAAAGGGAAUAAUGACAAUUAUAGCAGUAAUGAUGGCGAACACCAUAGCUCGAGCUUGAAUAUCAGUGAGAAUGACUUCUUGGAAGACAUGUUGAAGGAGGCUCAGGCGCCGUUGCCGGACAACAACGAAAUUAUUGGCAGUCAGAGUUGUUUAGCUUCAGGGUUCUUGAAGGCAAAGGAACAGAUUAUGAACAUACCGAAACAUGAAGAUUACUCCAACAUGAAUCCAUCGUCCAUGGCGAUGGCAGUUCCCGACUGGUACAUCGACAAAUAUGAAGGCUCCAAUUGGCAAUCGCGGGUCGAAACAGAUGGUAAUUUAGGGUUUGAACUCGAACUUUAUGAUCAAAAGUCUUCAUUAUUGCCCGUCGACACUGCACCGGACGAUCAUGGUCGAUCUCAGAGUUCCUAUUAUUGGAAUCAUGACUUUCCUGGAAUUUGUUGA